AUGCCAAAAAAUGCAGGCCUUAAAGAUGCUGGAAGCUUCAAAAAAAUAGAUUUGGACCAGUUGAAGUGGGAAGAACAGUCCGACUGCCGAUUGAUUCUGUCGAUCGUCCGAAGAUCGGUCAUCCAUCGCUUUUUGGGGUCGUUCUGGAAUCAAACGAGGGAUUUUAUCAGAUUGGCACUAAAAACGGAAUUCUUCAACAAAAGU